AUGCCCGGCGCAAACGUCGCAGUUCUCCCGCCCCCAGCGGCCUCGACACCGUCCUCGCGCAAGGCGACUCUCGCGCCAGAACGCAAAUACAAGUGCCAGUUCUGCAACAGAGCCUUUAGCCGAAGUGAACACCGAAGCCGACACGAGCGAUCCCACACAAAGGAGCGUCCUUUCAAGUGCAUGAAGUGCAGAAGCACCUUUGUGCGCCGCGAUCUUCUUCUCAGGCAUGAUCGCACAGUCCACGCCAAAGAUGGCGGCGUCCCCCUUCACAGCGACGGCAAGCGUCGUUCUGGUCCCAAGACUCGAGCCAUCGGCGGGCCCGCAAAGUCCUCAAUCGCCCUGGACCCCUCCACGCUGGAGCAGAUGGAAGCCGGCGGCGACGGCAUUUUUGAUGUCGAAGCCGCUGCCAUGCUGGUUGCCGACCUGCACCACAAGGCCACUGCUGCUAUGCGCGGAGAUGAAUCCUACGACGAUGGCACAUCCAUGGCCUUUUCGCCCAGAAGCUCUGGUGCCAUGGAGCCCGCCGUCACAUACCCGUCCGGCGCCAUUGCCCUUCCGCAAGUCCAGUGGGACAACUUCAUGGCGGACCCCAAGCCGCACUCCAUCACUUCCAGCGCCUCUGGUUCUUACGAGUCGUCACAGCCGUUUGCUGGCGGAAACAGGCUCCAGCACCAGCUGCCGCCCUUUGGCAAUCGAAAUGUCAAUGGUCUUGUGCCCGCUCUUCAGUCCAUGAUCAGCUCCCUUCCUGCCUCUGGCCCGGAGAUCCCGGCUCCUCAGAGCCCUUCUGGAGUCGACUCGCUGCAGGCCGGAUUCAGGGCUCCCCAGGUGUCUGGUGACGAUGAGCGAAACGCCAUCCUGGACAACAUCCGCAGCGCCGACCGAGAGCACGCCAUUCCAGACAGCUUUCGCCUGCCCGGCCUGGGUUCUCUGAACCGCUACCUGUCCACCUACUUUGGGCUGUUCCACCACCAUCUGCCGUUCCUGCACCCAGCCUCUUUCAUCCCGUCCCAGGUGUCGCCACCGCUACUCUUGGCCGUGCUGAGCAUUGGUGCCCUCUAUGCCUUUGACCAGGAUCAGGCCUACAUGCUUCACAUUGGCUCCAAGGUUCUCGUCAACGGGUUCCUGCAGAACAAGGAGAACUUCAGCUCCCGCAAGUGCCCCCUGUGGACCAUGCAAAGCUCGCUCCUCAACAUGAUUUUUGCCAGCUGGAGCGGCGACCCCAAGGGCUUGGAGUGGGCUUGUUCUAUCAAGAGUCUGCUUGCCAACAUGGUGGCAGGAAACCGCUACGAGCUCAAGCUUCGCCAAGAGGCUAGGGGCACGGCCAAGCCCACUCGUGCGGAGUGGGUAGAGGAUGAAGGCUGCCGCCGUACUUAUUACGCAGUGUACAUCUUCUUUGGCCUGCUCACCCUGACGUUCAACCACACGCCGGCCAUUGGCUUCAAUGAGUUUGAAGACCUGCAGCUCCCCUCCACGGAAGCCAUGUGGAACAUGCAGGUCGCCGACGAGGCUGCGUGGGCCGAGCAACUGGAAAAGUCGCCUGCCGUCAUCUUCAUGGAAGCCCAUGACAAUCUCUUCCAGGGCGAAGCCAUCAAGUACAGUGCCUUCUCUACCCGUGUCAUGAUCAAUGCCCUGUUCCUCGAAGUAUGGUACCACAAACGUAGCCCCGAGGCCUUGCAAGAUGUCGUGACCGAGUACAAACUUAGACUUGCGCUCGAGACGUGGGAGAAGUCCCUGGACUUGUGCGAGCCGGAGUCUGCCGCGGUGCCUCUCAGUGCCCCCCACAAGGGCCACCCCCUCAUCUUCAAUGCCCGCGCCAUGUACCGUAACGCGCGUGCCCGCCUCGAGGUCGACCUCAAGACCGUACAGGAGGCCCUGCGAUACCAUGAGCCCUACGAGGUGGCCGCUGCCAUGUCCCACGCUCGGGACCGUGUCAAGCGUUCAAGCGAGAUGAUUAAAGUGAUUGAAGAGUGCUACAACUGCCUCGAGACGGCCGUCGUUCAAGGCGUCCGCUGGGUGGCACGCACCUCGUCGACCAACUGGAGCGUCGAGCACCCGCUGUGCGGCCUGGAUCUCAUCAUCAUCCUCACGCUGUGGCUGUAUCGUCUGGAACAUGACGAGGAGCCCGCGACGCAGGAGGAGGUUGCCAUGUAUUACAAGGUCCGCCAGCUGUUCGUCAAGGACUUUGAUGAGAACAUCAUUGCCAACCUCAGCUCCGUGGUUGCGCGCCUCUGGGGAUCAAUGCUGGACGAGGUUGUUGUGUGGGGAAUCACGCGUCUCAUGGGCGAAUCUUGCAAACUGCAUUCAGAAGCCUUAAUCGGCUAUGUGGGCGACGAAGCUUCCUCCAACGCAUCGACCCCUUCGAUGACCUCCCAGGGAGCGGACGAGGACAGCGUGUAUUAAUUACAUUUGCGAUGACGAAACGAUUUUUCUUCUUCUUUUGAUUUCGACAACUUUUUCCUUGCUUCAUCUCUUAUCAAGGGAGCGCUAAAAACACGCGCCGGUUUCUAUUUCCUUUUCCUUAACGCACAACUCGAUUUUUAUGGCUCGUCUCCUUUAUCUGUUAUUCAUAUCUACGCAGGUUCAUUAACCUUUGAUUUCAACUUGGCGCGGUGCGGUUUUGGAACGGAGUCAGGCUUAAUGCUGGGAAAGUACUAUUUUCUUUACUGUUGAUUUCUUAUUUCUCUUACGGAUUCUCAUGUUAUUUCCUUGACGACUCCUGAGACAGAGCAGGUGAUCGUGUGUCUUGUCUGUGUUUUUAUGGCUUUUCUGGCCUUUGACUUUGUUGCUUUUUGAUUUGCAUUUGCUCGUUUUAUUCAGCAUGGGUUGAUUGAAAGGAUCACUGGGGAAAUAAUUCUUCUGUUUUAUGGAGAGACGCAGGGACUCUCGGCGGUAUAAAGGGAUCGGACGUUUCGCAUGAUUUCGGGACCCGAAAAGGGAUUUUUUUUGGAUCUAUGGAUCUCGACACAGCGCCAGCGCAAGCUAAUGAACUGCGAGGGCAGGUUGAUUGGCUGGUCCAUGAUGGUGAUGCCGCCUUUUUCGCAUUUUCCUUUUUUUCCCUUUCUUCUUCUUUCUAAUGGCCUUUUGCUGCCUUUUUCUCCUUUUAUCUUGGUAAUUUUUUACUUUUGAUUUGCAGCGGCUGUUUACUUUUCUUUUACUUUUCUUUUCUGCUUUCUGUCUUGUGUGUUUUCUGCUCUUGGAUUUUAACUGUUUGCUGCCGCUUCUCGCUGGCAUUGCAAGUCUGAUUUUAUCAUUGGCCUUUCCGAAUUCUCCAGAUACCUUGUUCGAUAUACAGAUUGCUAUUCUUCAUUGAACCUUUUUACUUAUUCUUCUCUUAUACUUUUUUCCUUUUUCCUUUUUUCUUCUCUUCUUUCCUUAAAAAUUUGUGUGUGCGUGUGUGUGUCUUGUGUGCUAUUUUCCUUAAUCUGUCAUGCGUUUUAUCUCUCUCCUCUAUUUUGUCUUGGAUAUGCUACGAAGGGAUGCUACGGCAUCAGAGCAACUCGCUUGCAGGCAUGGCAGCCCCAUCAAUAGGGGCUGCCUUGCUUGCGUGGAUGAGAGAAGCCUGUUCCACUUCUGUGUGUAUAGAUAUUCUAGUACUACAAUUCGAAUAAUUAUGUGUCUCUGUCAAA